AUGAAUCGAAUUCAUGUGAUGUUGUUCGUACUUGUUUUUCUCUUUUGUAACGUCAUUUUUAUUUCAUCAUCAUCAUCAAAUGUCUGUUGUUACGCCAUAAGACAAUUUCAAGGGUUUCCAUGUUAUGGAAGCAUAUUUAACUAUAAUCUUGACUCAUCAGCAUUUCGAUUCUAUGCAAAUUUUUCAUUUCAAAUCCACGAUAAUACAGCAGAUUUGUAUUAUUUUGAAGCAGGUCUAGUUGCUGUGGUGAACAACACAUAUUCGACAAUAUAUAUGCCUUUAGAAUGUGGUACAUCAUUUCAACGUUUACUUCUAUUAAAAUAUGAUUUAGAAACGAAAAUUUAUAAGCAGAGUCGAUGA